GGGCGAUACUACUUCGAACUCACUAGACUCCAUAAAUUUCCACUGGGGAGUAUCGUCGUGUUCUGGCCUUGUGCUUGGGCUUUUACUGUUGCAGCAUCUACAGUACAGCUGCCAGUCGUUCAAUUCAUUAAGGGUAUCAUAGCCUUCGCGCUAGGAAGUACCCUUCUUCAUAGUGCUGCUUGCGUGCUGAAUGAUAUCUGUGACAUUGAUUUCGAUAGACAACGUACGAAGAACCGACCUCUUGUCAUUGGGAAGAUAUCCAUCUUUGGCGCUACCAUCCUCCUUAUCCUUCUGACUUCGGCCUCUCUGAGCCUGCUUUGUUUCACGAGCCUUACUGCAGCUGCAUAUGGGAUAAUCGGCGUGUUUCCAUUACACGCCCUGUAUCCUCUAAUGAAGAGAUGGACUUGGUGGCCACAGGCAUGGCUUGGCUUGGCUAUGAACUGGGGGAUAUGGGUAGCAUGGAUUACUGUCUACCCUAGUGCACCCCUAAAGAACGAUCUACUCAUCUUCUUCCUGGGUACUGUGUGCUGGACUAUCGUCUAUGAUACAAUAUAUGGCUGCCAAGACAAAAUUGAUGAUGCAAAGGCUGGCGUGAAGUCGACAGCCCUUCUUUUCGGUACUUGGGUUCGGCCAAUCCUCAUUUGCUUUGCCGGUGCCUUUGUAGGGAGUCUCGCAUACUUUGGGGUCUGCAAUGACCAAAGUUUCGUGUUCUUUGUUGUUUCGUGUGGUGGCGCUGCUCUGCAUUUCUUCUGGCAAUUCACAACUUGGUCACCCGAUGAUCCUGGAGAUUGUGGAGAGAAAUUCAAGGCAAACGGAAGUCUGGGAUAUAUCAUCUGGGCUGGAAUGUUA